GACUUUAGUGGGUGACAGCUGGGACCUCGGGGGAAAAACAAACUCCGGCUGGGGAAAAUCGUUUUAAACGGCCAUCCGAUGCAAGUCGGACAUAGGAAACUCGGAAAUAUCCGACUUAUUUAUUCGUUGAACGCGGCACGUGUAUAACUAAAACCAGUUAGCAAGUCGGACAUUUCAGAGUUUCUUAGUUCCGAUUUAAAAUAUCACUGACGUCAUGAUUUGACCUCAUUCUUAUCGCGAAUACUCAGUUGUCUUAAAAGCAGCAAUAGCUGGAGCCGACGCUUGCGUUAUUCCUCAUAUUCAUUCAAAUAAUAUGUUUUGGGUGUCAUCAAUGUGUGUGCUCUUUUUGGGCGAGAUUGUGUAAGACGUCAUUCACAGGCGCCUUUGUUUUUGCUAUCUUGCGGCUAGCAGCUAGCUCACCGGAGCUUUGUGUACUAAGGUAUUUUAUCUAAAUUAUAGAAUUCUAUUGACGUUUUGUUGAUAUAGUAAUCUCUAAACGUUGAGCCGUUCACCGACAGACAAAGUUUCUACCGAACAAGAAGGCCACACUCCCAAAGCCUAUCUCUCACUUUCUCUCUCAGGAGACCCAUGGAGUCGGCAGUGGAGACGGCGGAAAGUUCCCCCAUUGUUACAGAACGCGAGAAACCUAUUCAGUCUGCAGUAGAGACAGUGGAGCGUCCUUCUUCUACCAUUUCAGAAGGGAAGGAACCCACACCAUCAGCCGUGGAGGACCAGGAUGUCACCGUAGUUUCAGAAAGGAAGAAAACUACACCUUCUGCAGUGGAGACGGCAGACAAUGAUGUCACUAUCAUUUCCGAAAGCAAGAAGCCUACACCUUCUACAGUGGAGACGACAGACGAUGAUGUCACUAUCAUUUCAGAAAGCAAGAAACCCACGACAGCACAGCUGGCAGUGGAGACCGUGGAGAAUGCCUCUAUAAUUUCAGAAAGCUCGUCACACGAAGGCCAUCGCCUGUGGAUCGGGAACAUCGAUCCUAAAAUCACAGAAUAUCACCUGGUGAAGCUUCUGGAGAAGUUUGGGAAGGUGAAACAGUUUGACUUCCUGUUCCACAAGUCUGGACCGUUGGAGGGCCAGCCCCGAGGAUACUGCUUCGUUAACUUCCACACCAAAGAGGAGGCUGAGAGGGCGAUCCAUUGUCUGAAUGGGAAGCUGGCCCUGUCCAAGAAGCUGGUGGUGCGCUGGGCACACGCACAGGUAAAGAGGUUUGAGGGUUUCAGAGGGGAUAAGAAUGGUCCUGCCAGCCUGGAGCCGUCCUGCAGCGCAGAACUAGACUUACCAACCAAUCUCAGUACGAGUGCAAAGAUUCGUGCCAUCGAGGCCAAGCUUCAGAUGAUGGAGGAGAACCCAGACGAGGAGUACCAGGGCCCCUCAGCCUACAUGUACAACAAGCCUCCGGAGAAGAAACGCCAACAGCCUUACAGCAGACCCUUCCGCAAGUUCAGGAGAUGACACACAGGGGACCGAACAUCCAACACCUAGGCUUGCAAUAUUCCCCCGGUAACUUUCCCCAAACUCCCAGGUUUUCCAGAAUUCCAUGUUUGAAGAUUCCCCGUGUUGAAGAUUCCCAAUAUCAGAAGGGAAUAAGCAGGACAUCUGGAAUCCUCCAACCAGGAUUUCUGGAAAACUUGGGAAUUUUGACAAAGUUACUGGAAUUUUGCAACCCUACCAAUACCUGACUGGCUCAGUGACUUCCUCUACAGCGGUCUCCUGUAAUACAUUAACAGAUUCCAAGACAAUUGAAGUGCUAAUUAACGUUACCAUGAUGCAAACGUAUAUAUGGAAUAUGCUCAGAUUGUUAAAUUAUUAUUACACUGUAGUGUUGUGGGAGUUGCCUGAUGCCAAUCUGUUUGUGCUAUUAUCCCAACUCCUUGUCACUCAUUUACAAUGACUGCAAUGAAGUUGGCAAGAGCACAAAAAGAUCUGGGACCAGGCUAUAGUGGGAGUCAGGCCACCAAACUGUAUGACUUCAGGUUUGGACAGAUGGCACAACAAGCCAUUAAUUUUUUUCCUAUUGUGUGUUUACUUGGAAGAGGAAUUAUAAUUUUUUUGUCAAGGAAGGUUGUUUUUUUGUAAUCUACUUUUCUACAACUUCAGCCAAAACUAUUUUCAAUGGCUAUAUGUAUUGUAUGAUGUGUAGAAUAUCACACCUUCCAUUUAUCUUACUAUUGUUUUUUUGUUUGGAUUUUUUCAAAUACACUGUUAUUGUAAUGUUUCAUUUCUGUCUUUGCCGUUCAGUGUUGGGAGUUUGACAUUAUUACCCUUCAUAAUUCCAAUUUGACCUGAUGUAGUGGACUAAUACAGUAUAAUACGUUUCCCACAUGCUCUGAGUUACUUGUUAUCAUUAACUACAGACCGACAUUAUCAUGUUGGUCUGUAACAAAAAAGAAGGCAAGGCAUAAAAUCAUGUAUUUUAAAUCUGAGUGGUUGUCACCAUUCUGUGUUUCUUGUGAUCAAACAAGGUUACGCUAAAUGUAUUUUAUUCAUAACACAUGUGGCUAUGUUUGAGUGUGAUUUGAGGGUCAUCAUAAGUGGAGAAUGUUGAGCAACUUUGGGCAAUAUAACUAUUUUUAUUUAUGCUAUGACACACAGUAAACGACAUUGCAACUCAACACGUAGAUUACAUUGUUCAAUCAUAAAAUUGUCUUUGAAAACAAAUAUUUGUAUUUUUUUUAUUUCAAUGUAAAUAUACCGCCCUAUAUUGUU